AGGGGCGCCCCCCGCCCUCCUGGGCCUCCAGAGGCGCCUCCCUCCCGCUCAAUCCCCGUGUCAGAGGCGUUCACACGUGACGCGCCUCCCUCCCUGCUUCCCUCCCUCCUUCCUUCGACGCAGCCUCGGCUCAGCCUCCGUCUUUCCCUCCAUCCAUCCGUCCGCCCGUCCCUCUCUCUCCUUCCUUCCUUCCAUCCCUCCUUCCUUCCUUCCUCCGGAUGGCUGCUUGGCGGCGGAGGCUGCGUGGAUCGGGGCCCGGCUGAGCCUUCCUCCUCCUCCUCCUUUUCUUCCUCCUCCUCCAGGUUUCCGACCUCCGGAGGAAGAUGCCGGAGCAAAGCAACGACUACCGCGUGGUGGUCUUUGGAGCCGGUGGGGUGGGCAAGAGCUCCCUGGUGCUGCGCUUCGUCAAGGGCACCUUCCGGGACACCUACAUCCCCACUAUUGAGGACACCUACCGGCAGGUGAUCAGCUGUGAUAAGAGCGUCUGCACCCUCCAGAUCACGGACACCACGGGCAGCCACCAGUUCCCGGCUAUGCAGCGCCUCUCCAUCUCCAAGGGCCAUGCCUUCGUUCUGGUCUUCUCCAUCACCAGCCGGCAGUCGCUGGAGGAGCUGCGGCCCAUCCACCAGCAGAUUGUCCAGAUCAAGGGCAGCGUGGAGAGCAUCCCCAUCAUGCUGGUGGGCAACAAGUGCGACGAAACACAGCGGGAAGUGGAGACCAAGGAGGGAGAGGCCGUGGCCAAGGAGUGGAAGUGCGCCUUCAUGGAGACCUCCGCCAAGAUGAACUACAACGUCAAGGAGCUCUUCCAGGAGCUGCUCAACCUGGAGAAACGCCGCAACAUGAGCCUCAACAUUGACGGCAAGCGCUCCAACAAGCAGAAGAGGACAGACAAAAUCAAGGGGAAGUGCAGCCUCAUGUGAGGAGGGGCAGGGGUACGCCACUCCCCUUCGCCGCCACCACCACCAUCCUCCUCCUCCUCCUCCUUGUUGGUGUCCCAUUCCUCCAUCUUCCUGCUCUUCCUCCUCCCAAUCACUCAAGUGCUGUGGUGGCAUUUGGGCCACUGUGACGCUGGCCGAAGCCCACAGACUCUCCUCCUCUCUGCCUGCUGGAGACACAAAAGUGCAAUGGUGCAUGCGGGAGAUACGCUCCUGGGUCCUCCUGGACAGUGGAGAUACAAACAUAAUCGCUCUCUCCUUGCCUCUCUUGCCCACCAUCUUGCUUGCUUCCCUCUGACUCUUGCAGGAGAGGAGGACUGGACACAGGGAUGCGAUGGCUCAGCACAUGACGGAACCUGGAACGCCGGUGGAGAUGGGGAAGCCCCUCCCCCAUUUCCAAGCAGGGAGCCCAGAGGGUUGGAGCGGAGGAGAGACCCCUGGCCCCGAUCCGGCUCCACUCCGACAACCAGCCUUGCUGGGAGAGGAGAGAUCCUCUCACUUGUAAAACGUCCCGGCUGCUGUGAGCUGCACAACCAGAGAAAUGCACAAUUCCUCCGCACACAGGUCAGCUCCUUCCCCGGCCUGUCCUUAAGGACUUUACUCAGAAGUGUGUGGACAAGCAAAACGCUGCCGAAUCCCCACUGGGCUUUGCAACCCUGCUGACCCACCGUGAGCACAAUUUUUCUUGAGAACUUCCCUCUUUGGCCAGAAGCCAAAGGCCGUUGGACCUCUUUGACCCACAGCUGGUGGCCCUCCUCUGGGAGGAAGAGAGCAGUGGACCUCAACCUCUUGGCCAAAUUACACUUCUGGGGAAGUGUCGGGAGAGUGGUAUUUUAAUUUCUAAGCAGGUGACACUGCAGCCAGGCUGUGCCAUUCAAACACAGGACCUGAUCCACCAGCUGAUGCCAGGGGCAGCAAAGAGCAACGCUACCUCUCCAAGGAUGGAGGAGAGAGGAUGGGGUGUCUCCAUAGUUGGAGCCAAGGCUUCAAGGGCAUCUGGGAUCAGCCGCAGGAGGACCGGCUGAGAAAAUUCCCCCCUGCAACUCCAAGGAGGACUGAACUCCCCAACACAAUAGAGACAGGGACCAAAAAGCUCCCCAAAAUCAGCCAGCCAGCCUUCCUUCCUUCUCUUCCCAUUCCUUCUUCGCCCCUCAUUGCAACUCUUGAUAUGCCAGACUGUAAACGUUGCCACUUAUACGCUCAUCAGACUUUCAGAUAUAUACAGUACUUAUUUUUUAAUUUAGGUGGUUUGGUUUUUAAAGCAACAAGGUAACAAAACCAAUCAAAAAAGCACAUGCCUAGUGGUGAGGGGGAGAGGUGAGUACCCAGAUGAUGGCCGGGGGGGGGGGGACUUGGAUUUGGGAGUGGGACACGGACUAGCCUGAAUCGCUUUGGAAAGCACUGGCAGCCCCUUGGGAGGUGAAGGUUUGGUCUGGCCGUCUGUCUCUCUCUGUCCACUGGGCUCCAGGUGGGGCUUGCUCUGGGGCAACAAGAAGGGCAGCUGGGUGAGAGCCUGGCUGGGCACCGGCUGCAUUGGCCCCAGUGGUCCCUCGGCUCCUCUGUGGGGUGGCAAAGGGCCCCCUUGCCACUAGAGGAGAAUGAGCACAAAAGCACAAGUGUUGUGGAACUCUGGCCUCCCAGCCGGGGUUCCAAACUUAGAGGGCACCAGGCUACCUUUCCCUCCUCCUGGUUCUAACCACUGCCUGCCCAGAGUAAAAACCAAUGCAGAAGUGCAAGAUGGGGGUCCUUUGGUGCACCUUGAAGACUCACCCUGAAAUGGGGCAGCACACGGUGCCAGCCUUGUCCUGGAGACAUUUGGGGGCAUGAAGAGGAGGAAGACAGUGGCAAAGAGUCUGGCUUCCCUUUGCCCUCUUUGCCCCAUUCCUUGCUCCACUGGCACAGAAGAGAGUCUGAGUGUACCAAGGAUGCAGGAGGCUCUUCUGGGUGAUGGAGGACAAUGGCAGAGGAGAGUGGGGCCAAAUCCUGCUCUUCUCAGGCACAGGAUUUGGAAUGAGUAAAAAGGCCAGCAAGUCCCAGAUUUGGUUCCUGUUCUUUUCCAUUUUAGAGAUUGAUUUGCAUUUUGUUUAUCCUAGAAUAUUCUCUGCUGGCUCCUGGCAUGAUCCAAGCUUUUUUAGACCAGCUUCUGAAGUUGGCACCAGAUCCCCUCUGAUCUUGGAAACCAAGGAGGGUCUGCCCCGGUUAGCCCUAGGCUGGGAGGCUGCCAAAUAAUCCCAGGUGCUGAAGGCUCUAUUUCAGAGGAAGGAUCUGGCAAAACCACCUCUGAUGAUUCCUUGCCCAAGAAAACCCUAUGAGAAAUUCACAUGGCUGCCAUAGGUCAACAGGUGACUUGAAGGCACAUACAAAAUUGGAAAGAGCAGGAACAAAAUCCAGGACCUUUCAGUCAGUUUGGAUGCACCUUCCCUUGCUUUUUUUUGAAGAUAGCAAUCGCAAAGCAAAUGGCUGGCCCCUCAUGGUUCCAGAUAGAGAUUUCAGGAUGUGCAGGUGGAGGCCCUGGAAUACAUGCAAUUGUGCAUCUGGCUGUGUCUGUGUGGACAGGAGGAGAGCUUGGCCCCGGACCAAUCCGUCUCUCUAUUGCUUUCUUCAUAGCCUCUCUUCCUCCCCACACAAACUGCACCUCUGUUCCUGCUCCUUCCUUCCUUUUCAUCUUUUGUAUCCCCAGUUCAUGCCUACUUUAUUAUUUAUUUAUUUAUUUAUUUAUUGACUCGUUUACUUCUAGAAUCUUUGAGGAUAAGAGGAGUUGUUGUCUGCAAGACUCUGCAGCGGUCUUUUUGCUUGCAGUUUGUGAAAAUGCCAGCCCUGUUUGGCUAAUGUCUUGUGCUCAGGCUUUUUCUUAAAACACACAGAGGACGGGGCACCACUCCAUGCCCAUGGGCCCUUUUCCAGGACACCAGUGUGGGUGGGUGGCGAUGACGCUCCAGGGUUCAGGGAGCCCCCUCCUCUCAUGCGCUCAACACAUGAAGGGCAGGAUCUUUCCUCUGCCACUGGGCCAAGGCUUAGCCCCAACCCUGGACAGAUCGAGGGAGCAGCUGGACGUAGCAUCACAGAGGCUAGGGGCAGGGAGGGACUAGACAGGUGCCCCUGGCCACCCUUGCACCGGCUGCUUCACGUGAGGAAGGGGAUGGAAAGACCUUGGAAAGGGGAACGUCCCGGCAUGGGGUGCUUAUGACUAUCCUAAGACUUGGGAAGGUGGUUUUUGUGGCAUAAGUGGGUCUGUGAAUGUGGGGGGGUUGGGAAGAGAGGGUUUGAGGUGGCAAUGGAAGGUCCCAGUAAGGACAAGCGACUCCAUGUCAAUGAAUCCGAAGUGGGAGGCAGUCCCAUGGGCCCAAUUUGCAUACCUGUGACCUCCCAAGUCCUGGAGGCAGCUUGGCCAUCCACUUCCGCAGGACACUUGGCCCAGGGUUUGGGCCCCUUCCAGGCAAGGCCACCUGGAGCCUCCAUGGAGUACUUGUGGAUCAUCCAAGAGCCACACAGCUGUGAAACCCUCCCUGCGCCAUCAUUGUCCCUCAGAGUUCACUGUUGGUCCUCCUCCUUGCUCAUUUCCCCUUGGCAUCUCUCGCACUGGAGGCCUUUGCUGCUAUGGAGAGUCGGCCAGAGGGUCCAAAUCCUAGCAGGUACCACCGUCCCUCCCUUUCCUAGUGCAGCUUCAGCCCAUGGGACCCACGGCUGGUCCUUCUUCCCCACCUAAGAUCUCCGACUUCUCUCCAGCCAUUGAUGGUGCUUCUCAGACCCCCAACAAAGGCAGCCUUUGCAUUGUAAAUAGAUGUCCCUCCUUUCAGUUAGAUAUCUCUCUCUCUCUCUCUCUCUAUUUCUCGGAUGCCAGCACGCAUGACGCCAACUAUGAUGACAAGGGUGAUCCGCUCCUGCGCAUAACUGGCUUUUUUAUAAAAGAGAAAGAAAGAGAAACCACAAAAGACGCAACAUAACAAUAUGCUACUAUUACUAUUAAUACUACUGCUAACUACUACUAACAAAUAAUAUUAAUAAUGAAAAUGAUGAUGAUGAUGAUGUAAUAAUAAAAUGGAAACCAACCAAUGGUACAAUGUAGCCUUUAUUCUAGAAAAUAGUCUUCCUUGAAUGAAUAAAAACGGAUUUAUCCCAACA